UACGACAUGCUAAUUGAACGUCACUCAGUCAUGAACUCGGCUGAACGCUUGUAUUCUGACACGCAAGCCAACUUCCAACUGUCCCAACCCGCUGUCUCUCUCUGAUCGCUUCUAUUCCUGGCCAAGGCCCGACAAAAUCCUUCCUCUCGAGCCCGCCACUGUUGUUGAAGGCUCUAUAACGACCUCACGAGUCAAGCGAUCCAGUCGCCGUCCGCCCCUCGAUUGCUCACCGUUGUUGUUGUUGUUGCUGCUACUGUUGGGGCUCGUUUAGUCACAAGCAGCGGGCGGGAACAACAGUCGCAGCCCGACUGAGCUCAUCUUGAUGGCUUACGUGUGUGCCCAACGAACCGUCUUAUCUAUUUGACAUUUGGGCUUAACUGCUGCCUACAGCGUGAACCGUUGGUCCCUUCGACCAUAUAUUGAUAGGAUCUAUCUGGGACAGAGCUGGGUCGACCAUCUUCUGUCGUACCCGCAAGCAAACAAAUACAAAGAUAAAAACUAUACCAAAAACAAAAGAACAUUCUGACUCGGCUUGACUGGCCUUGAUCAAACAAAGAUGCCGCCCCCUCCUCCACCUCCCCCACCCCCUCCCAUGCCCGGUCGGGGAGGACCGCCGCCUCCUCCACCGCCGCCAGGCGGCCUACCUGCCAGGCCUCCACCGGCGAACAACAGAGGUGCACUUCUAAGCGACAUCACAAAGGGCAAGGCUCUCAAAAAGACCGUCACAAAUGACCGUUCAGCACCUAUACUUGCCGGCUCCGGUGGUGGCACCUCGGCCGGACCUCCUGUCGGGGGUGCCCCACCUGUGCCCGGGAUGUUGGGUGGUAUGCCAAAGCCUCCGGGCGGUCUAGCGCCUCCAGUCCCCGGCAACCGGAUGAGGAGCAACAGUGAUCACGGAAGAUCUGAUUCUACAGGAUCAGCCGGAGGAGGAUUGGAGACCAGUGCUCCGCAGCUCGGUGGCUUGUUUGCUGGCAUUGGUAUGCCAAAGCUAAGGAAAACUGGUGGCGGUGUCGACACAGGAGCAAACCGUGAUGCAUCAUAUCUAUCAGACCCGGAAAGCUCUACAGGCUCGGCUCCGAAACCGCCAUCGAUGUCUGCUCCAAAACCGCCGUCAGGUGCCGCUCCUAGAGUGCCAGGUCGCCCAGGCGUUCCUGCUCCGCCAGCCGGGCCGACAUCUCAUCCCUCGAUUGCGAAUUUAAGAAAGAACCCUAGCGAUGUGCCACGGCCCUUCUCAUCCGCAUCCAUGAUGAAGGGGCCACCUCCUCCAAUAGGCAAAAAGCCACCUCCCCCUCCGGGUUCUCGCAAACCAUCCUCCAUGUCAGUUGCUCCUCCAGCUCCACCAAGUGCGCCGCCUGCUCCACCACCACCUCCCCCGUCUUCUGCUCCCAGACCGCCUCCGGCUCCUUCACGUGGAACUCCGCCACCGCCAGCUGUACCACCCAGCUCGGGGCCCUCAUCAAAUGGGGCAGCAGCGGCCAGUCUCGCAGUACAAGCUGCGAUCCGAGCAGCAUCAAGUCCCAGCUCGGCACCAGCGGCACCACCGCCUCCGCCACCGCCGGUUGCCCGCGGUAAUAGCAAUCCAACAUCUCCGCCGCCACCGCCGCCUUCUUCUGGUGCACCACCACCACCAUCUUCACCAGUCCCGCCGCCCCCGAGGCCGGCCCAUCACCAACACCAGCCUUCAGCCAGCCGUGCGGCGCUACUCGAUCCCGCGGCGUUCACGCUCACUCCUAAUGGUGGCAAGCUGCAAAGUCCGACUCGGUCACUCUCUGGGGCACGACCAGGGACUGCAGGAGGAGAUACUGCCAAUGGUGGGGGCAUGUACGUUGUGCAUGACCCGCGUUGGAAGUUUGUGGGAGAAGACAAGUUCCCCAAGCCACGGGAAUUCUCAGGCGGGGUCAAGCGAUACCGCGCUGGUAGGGGAAGCAGUGUACCCUUGGAUCUAAGAUCUCUGGGGUAGAUCUUUUCAAGGUGGAUUUGGGGUAGAGACAUGUCUGAAAACUACAUGGGAGUGGGCAUUCAUUGUUUUGUUUUGAAUCUGACUUAUGGAGAACAGAUUAGAAGAAGCAUUUUUUGCCGCGACUAAACUAAUCAGGUAGUAUAAGUCGAUGGUCCAUAGCUUGGC